AUGUCACAUAAAAAAGUAGUCUUGUCUACUUCUUUAGAUGUUCAACUUCAAGUCUUAUUGACAGGUGAAAAUGAAGAAGAUAUUCAAGAUGAAACGUAUGAAACUUGGCAAGAAGAAAUGUUGGAUGAUGAAGACGAUCAUGAACUGAAUAUCAAAGAACCAGAACCACCGAUUCAGGAGUCGAUAGACAACAACAACAACAACAACAGCGAUAACAACAAUAAUAAUAACAACAACAAUGAGCCUGCAGAUCCAGUGCAAGAAUCACGUGAUAUUCCUCUUGAUUCAAAAGUAUUGCGAGUCUAUGCUGGCAAUGUGGAUGUGGGUGCAUCUUAUUAUUCUGUUCGAGUGACAGAAAGAACCAGUGUGGAUGAACUACUGACCCAUGCCCUUGAGAAGUUCCAUAUCUCACAAAUCGAGACUCAACAUGGUCGCCAUGUGGGUAAACAUAGCUGUGUUGAGUAUUAUUUGACAGUCAAGGCACAUGAUGGAGAUGAAUUCAUACUGGAUCCACAAGAUAAACCGUAUGCCAUUCAUGAAUCACUUACUGCUCAUUUAACAACACCCAUGCCUUCCUUAACUCAGUUUAGACAGCUGGCUUCUGGUAAUGACUAUGCAAAGCGAAAAAAGAAGCGACAUACAGAUGCACCCCUUCAGUUCUUCAUGCAUAAACGUAUCAAGCGAGUCAAUGAUAAGAGUGGACAAGUCCAUAUCAAAGUGUCUUUGAUGACCACGCCACCUACGGAAAAGACAAACACAAUCAAGAAAAUGACGACACUCAGGAGAUUCAGCAAGAAAAAAGAGACAAAAGCAGAAAGGAUCGACAAAUUAAUUGCUACUCCUGCAAGCAUCGCUAUUUCCGAACUCACUUCUAUUGCCCUUGUCAAGUUUCAUUUGAUAUCAGACAAAGAUCAACCACACACAUAUCGUUUGAUUCUUCAUGCAAAUGGAAAAGACACACUAUUACAUGCUGAACAACGCUUAUCAGAUGUACUCAAAACACUGGAUGGAACUGAAAAAUACUUUGUACUUCACAGCUUCAAUUCAAUUCAAGAUAGACCCGCACAAUCUUCCACCAUGAAACCAACAACAUCAAGUAAGGUCUUUCCAGAGACAAUUGUUCACAAUCGCAAUCAUUACUUAUCUCGUGGUCAUCCAGUCAUGACCCGCCUUGAUAGUCAGACUGAGUCUAUUCUGAAGCGUAUCGACGCUGCUCUAGAGGCUUAUGAAACCACCGCAGUCCAGAAGAAACCCAAUGCGUUCCCUUCUCCCAUGUCUGUUUCUCGUAACAAAGAUGGAGUUGAUAUCCACUUACCUCAUGGUUUAUUGCGAAGUACUACUUUAGCAGAUAAAAAGACACAAUAUUCAUUGAUGAAGUUUCCAAACACACUUGUGCUACAAAAGACAGUGCCUGGAAAGAAUACAGAUAAUAGUAGUAAUAUUUCAGGUGAAGACAUGGCUACACUGGUGAAAUAUGGAUCUCAAUAUUUAGAUGCUUAUGAUGCAGCCAAUAAGCCUCUUGUUACCGGUCGAUUACUCGCUGAAAAAGACAGUUCUGGUAAAAGUUUAUCAAGUCUUGAAGAUUUGGAAAAAGUAAAAGUAAAUUAA